CUCGCGACGCCGGUUAGGCCCGAAUGUCGUUAGCCGUGGGGAAAGAUGGCGGAAAAUUUAAAAGGCUGCAGUGUGUGUUGCAAGUCUUCUUGGAAUCAGCUACAGGACCUGUGUCGCCUGGCCAAGCUCUCCUGUCCUGGCCUCGGCGUCUCCAAGAGGAACCUCUAUGACUUUGAAGUCGAGUACCUGUGCGAUUAUAAGAAGAUUCGCGAACAGGAGUAUUAUCUGGUAAAAUGGCGCGGAUACCCUGACUCGGAGAGCACCUGGGAGCCACGGCAGAAUCUGAAGUGUGUGCGUAUUCUCAAGCAGUUCCACAAGGACUUGGAAAGGGAGCUGCUUCGGCGGCACCACCGAUCAAAGCCACCCCGACACCUGGACCCAAGCUUGGCCAACUACCUGGUGCAGAAGGCCAAGCAGAGGCGGGCACUCCGGCGCUGGGAGCAGGAGCUCAAUGCCAAGCGCAGCCACCUGGGACGCAUCACCGUGGAGAAUGAGGUGGACCUGGACGGCCCCCCUCGGGCCUUCGUGUACAUCAACGAGUACCGUGUUGGGGAGGGCAUCACCCUUAACCAGGUGGCUGUGGGCUGCGAGUGCCAGGACUGUCUGUGGGCACCGGCUGGUGGCUGCUGCCCCGGGGCAUCGCUGCAUAAAUUUGCCUACAAUGACCAGGGCCAGGUGCGCCUGCGAGCAGGGCUGCCCAUCUACGAGUGCAACUCCCGCUGCCGCUGUGGCUAUGACUGCCCCAACCGCGUGGUCCAGAAGGGCAUCCGCUAUGACCUCUGCAUCUUCCGCACAGAUGACGGGCGAGGUUGGGGCGUCCGAACACUGGAGAAGAUCCGCAAGAAUAGCUUCGUCAUGGAAUACGUGGGAGAGAUCAUUACCUCAGAGGAGGCGGAGCGGCGGGGCCAGAUCUACGACCGCCAGGGUGCCACCUACCUCUUCGACCUGGACUACGUGGAGGACGUGUACACGGUGGAUGCUGCCUAUUACGGCAAUAUCUCCCACUUUGUCAACCACAGUUGUGACCCUAACCUCCAGGUGUACAACGUCUUCAUAGACAACCUUGAUGAGCGGCUGCCCCGCAUCGCUUUCUUUGCCACAAGAACCAUCCGGGCAGGCGAGGAGCUCACCUUUGAUUACAACAUGCAAGUGGAUCCCGUGGACAUGGAGAGCACCCGCAUGGACUCCAACUUUGGCCUGGCUGGGCUCCCUGGCUCUCCCAAGAAGCGGGUCCGUAUUGAGUGCAAGUGUGGGACUGACUCCUGCCGCAAAUACCUCUUCUAGCCCUUUGAAGUCUGAGGCCAGACUGAUGGUGGGGGCCUCUCCAUGCUUCCUCCCCCACUGCUGCCCUCCUGGCAAGGAAUGGCUGCCAGGGCCUCCUGCCUGCCUCCACCUGCCCGUGCUUGCCCCGGCCGGGGCUGCGGGGCUGCAGUGAGGGCUGACUCCUGGAGUUCCUUCUCCCUGCCCAGCCCACCUGUGGGUUGCACUUACAAACCCAGCCCACCUUCAGAAGUGAUUUUCCAGCACAAGGACUUUCUGCAGUUGGGAUCCUCAGCCUACCCAGGAGGCCCAAGGGGUGAGGCCCAGCCCAGCCCCAGAAUAGAGAGAUAAGUUUGUAUUUGCACCUGCUUCUGCCUGGAGCUUUAGGGGUCUUGCAGGCCUCCUCCCUACUGCCCCAAGGGUGUGGGGAAGCAGCCCCAGGGCAGGCUGACAUCAGAGCCAAGAGUUCCCAGCCCGCUUAGUCUCCCUAUACAGAGCCGUGCCAGCAACAAGUGGGGUCUCCAGGGCUGCUUUGUGCUCAUGCUCACAUGCUGGCUAGUGUUGGCCUAAGGGUCUUUCAGGGCUGUGCAUCUGAGAAAUGGACACCCAUGUGCCACUGGAGGGCAGUGGAUGCCCAUGACCCCCUGACAGUGAAUAGAAGGCAGUCCAGACUUUCCCAGAUCUGAAGGUGGGCUAGGGGUGAGCUCUGCUUCUGGCUGUGCACAGGGCUCUGGGGAGCUCUGCGGGUACCGGGAGACCACCCUGGUAUGUGACGGCUGCCUGGACCACUGAGAGCUGGAACCAAGACCUACCUAGGCUGUAGAUAGCACUUAGGACAAAAAUGUGCAUUCAUGAGGUGCUGAUGAGGGGCCGGGCACUGGGCAGAGCACCUGGCCCAUGUCUCAGGGAAGCCUGGAAAAUCAUGGCGGUGGGUCCCAGGGAAGGGCCCAUGUGGCAGAAGGCCAAGAAAUACAAAAUACACGCCAAGAACGGAGUGGGGUGCUUCUUCCACUAGGGCUUGGUGGGUGACAGGGAAGACCCCCACCACCACCUGCCAGGCCCUGUCCCCAGCCCUUUGUGUGUACCUCGGGUCUACUGAUCUCAGUUAUCUGCCCACAAAUGUACAAAAGGCUCUGAUAGCUGCCUGGCCCCUUGCUUUUCCCGUCAGGUCAUCUCUAGGAAGCCUUCCCUGACUCCCCUUGCCCAGAGUGCCCCUGUGUGAGACUGCCCUGCCCCCAGAUGCCAGAUCUGUGUGUAUGUCUGUGUGUGUCUGUGUCUGUGCCCUCUGCCCCCAGACUGACCUUCGGGCACGGACUGAAUCUGUUUUCCUCUUGUGCAUCCCUCAGCCCAACCCUGUUUGGGGUGGGCAUCAAUAAAAGGAA